UAUAGUGACCGGAUUUGGAUACAAACAAAACACUGAAAACAUUAGAUUAAUAAUAAUAAAGUUUUCUAUAAAUAUAUAGAAAAUAAAUAUUUUCUUUUAAUAACUUGAAGAUAGUUUUACAAAAAAAAAAAAAAAAUAAUAUUCAUAAUGGAUUGGGCAGAAGAAUUAAAAAUGUCCAUUAGAAAAACAACUGCUCGUAAAGGACGUCGCUCUAAAAGUCGUGAUGUACUCAAAGACUCCGCUCAAACCUCUGCUAGUGUUAUGAACAAUUCUAGCGGCCAACUGGCUGGCUCAAAUAAUCCUGAUUUAUCCAUUGAUAUAACGCUGGAUAUGAAGUCGUCUGCGGAGCAAAAUCAACAACUUUCAGCGUCUACAAGUAAUAAUAUAUCGUCGGCACAAACAAGUGGCAGUUUUGCUGGUGGUGGUGAUAUAUCAAGUGCCUUAAAUUCUUCAUCAGACUCUAAACGUCCUCCAGUGUUAAGACGAAUAUCGGGAGGUUGGGCUGAUUCGGCUGUGGGUAAUAAGUUAAAAUCUAAGAAGGGAUCUUUUGAAGAUGAUCGUUUUGGCUUUAAGUCAUCCGCUAACAAUUCGCCAACUGAUGAUAUACCCAUUAUACCAGAUUUGGAUGACAUUAAAGAUGACAUGUUGAUGAGUGAAAUUGCCGAACCACCUUCAGUUGCAGUUAAUCGUGUCGUUACUUUAAAGGAGUUAAAUUCAGACUUAUUGGCUCAGAAUGCAUUUUCGGCUAUUGAAGAUGUUGAUUUAUCUAUUUUAACGAAAUGCUUGCAGCCUCAAGAAUCUUUAGAUGAAGCUGACGAGGUAUGGGAAUGGGAAAAACUUUUUACGGAUGUAGUGGCGGAAAUAAAUGCCGACAAGCCACUGGAAAAUAAAAGGAAAAAUUUAGAAUUAAAACCAGAUGAACUGCCUAAACCAAAUAAUGAUUAACUAGAGAGACAUACUCUGUAAUUAUUUACAUAACUUAUUUAUGUUUUUUUAUUAAAUACUUAAUUACAUUAUUAUUUUACGAUUUUAAGUUACAAUAUUUAAAGAAAAUACAUGUCGUCUACUACUUAGUUUAGAAAGGUCAA